AUGGACGUCGCUCAAGUUCAGGUCCGGACCAUCCAGGUCAGCGAUGUUGUGGGAGACGAUUGUCAGAAGAGGUUUCAGACCUUCUUGGAAAGGUUUAUUGUCAAGCUUAUAACACCUUUUGUAGUUAUAAGGAAAAUGAUAUACGCAAGUACGUCGAGGCCGCGAAAGAGCUAAAGCAGCUUGAGCGAAGCACACUUUCCGUUAACUUCGAAGACUUAUUGAUGCAUGACAGCCGACUUGCGUCGCUUAUAGAAGACGAAUAUUACAGGCUCUAUCCUUUUUUAUGCAACGCUGUGAAGAACUUUAUCAACGACCACGUCCCUGACACUCUUAAUUCCGGCCGUGACUUUUAUGUCAGUUUUACAGAUAUUAGCACUCUCAAUAAGUAAGUUCUCACGUCCGUUUUAUCCGUUUAGGAUCCGUGAAUUAAAUGCUCAUCAAUUAGGCAAACUUGUUAAGAUUCGUGCACAAGUUGUUCGGUCACAUCCAGUCCACCCGGAGUUGACGUUGGGAACAUUUAAGUGCAGUGACUGUGGCAUCAUCAUUCGAAAUGUUGAACAACAAUUCAAAUACACCCAGGUAUUUUGUUCCUGUUUACUUAGAGUCCUGUCAUAUAUAGCCAAGCGUGUGCUUCAAUCCCCAGUGUGGGAAUCGUUCAAAAUUUGAGCUUUUGACCAGCCAGUCAAAAUUCGUCGACUUUCAGAAAGUGCGUGCGCAGGAAACUCAAGCAGAAUUGUCUCGUGGCAGCAUACCAAGAAGGUGAUUGUUUUGAAACUGCCUGAUAAGCCGUCUGUCUAAUUCAGGCACUAACUGUCGAUAUUUGAGUGUCUUUUUGCAGUGAUGUUCAUCGAUUAUUAUGGAUUAAGCGCGGGUUGCGCGUUAUCUUGACUGAUUUACAAAUUCUUCCAAAAAAUUAUUUUUUUGGACAGUUAUGUGCUGUUUUUGACGCAGUUUUGCUGUGAUUGCACACUGAUUGAUGCCUUAUUGCAGAUGCUAUUGCAGUUGAAAAUCUAGCAAAAGCUGACAAGCAUAUGACACGUGUUCGUUUCGCAGCUUUCGCUAAGCGGUUUCACCCGGUGGCUUAGCUGUCGUGCUGCUGUUGUAGGGCAAUUGCUUCUGUUAAUGGCCACCAAUCACUACAGCCAACGCUCUCGGGAUAUAACUUUUCAUUGUGUGAAUGUCUGACCAGGCCUUAGCCCGUAAGAGAGCAGUUUCUGCAAAGACUUGGUGGAGGGGCAGUUUCCUAUAGCACCUUAAUUCGACCAUGCUCAGCGCCCACCUUUCUUUCGACAUUGGUUUAAGAUCUCGGAAUUGCGCUUAACAAUGGAUGGAGCUUUAUCUGAUAACAAACAAAAGUCGCUGUUUUAGACCAACAUGUGAAUUUUCGCCCGUAACCACUCCGUCAUCUCACUUUCGGGCUAAGCCGAAAUUUGCACUUACUGCGUGGUUUGUCAUUGGUUGUAUGUCAGACCCGAGAGCCUGCUUAUUUUGCAGGUAGUCUUCGGCGAAUGCCACAAUAGUAUCCGCCACCCGUAAAUGCUCUAGAUAUCCUGAAGCCGGGAUAACGAAUGUCCCCGUGUUUGUGAUGCCCCUAUCUUUCUGGUGAGUCUGUUAGAUACACCGGAGCAGAUAUAUCGGCAGUCUGAGCUGCCGACUUCACACUAGCAUUAGAGAUGUCCUAUCCUUCCCUGUCUUUAGCGACAUCUUCGUUUUUCUCCGUUCGUUUUCAUCCGGCUGUCUGCCGUGAAUGAGAUGGCUCAUCACACAGUCCAUUUGGUCAGCUCUUUUCUGAAACAGUUCUCAGCGCUACUGCAUCGUCCCGCCCCUGUUAAACAUCAAACAUAGGCUUAAAUCGCAUGUAUGUCCCUGUAAAAAAGGACAUCUCAAGGGUACUUGAGAAAGAUAUUGACAGCAACUUUGACCUCCAUUUGUCUGUGUAUGUUUUUUAGUUCCCAGCUCCUAACCUGUAUUACCGUUAGCAUGCUUACCUUGAAUCGUUUUGUUCCAGUAUCAUAUUGAUUUUUGGUUUUUUAACAGCCUGGAAAUUUUGUUGCGUGCCGAUGCUGUUGAACUUGCACAACCAGGAGAUCGUUGUGAAUUCAUCGGAACCCUUAUUGUUGUGCCAGAUGUUGGCCAGUUAGCAACUCCUGGUAAGAAAUAAAAUUUAAAUUAAUCACCUCCAUGUGUCAUAGCGGUCCUUAAGUUUCAAAUUUUUUUCGAUAAACCAGCUCGCCUUAUACGUCAGCGGAAUUAGCAAUUAUUUUUGUUCAUUAGGUACAAGAUAUCUUGAGCGCAAAGGGACGCGGACGGUUGACGGUCAAGAAUCCGGAAUUUCGGGUCUGAAGGCCCUGGGAGUUCGUGAACUGACGUACAGGAUGGCUUUCUUUGCAUGCACGGUUAUUCCCGCAAACGGUCGUGUAAGAUAUUUCCUCUAGAAAUUCCUUGUCUACCGGUUAUGCUAAAAAAUUUCCUUAACCGGUUUCAAUGUACAGUACCUGGUUUGACAAAGUACGGCUGUCCAACUUUCCAUUUGCUGUCAGUCCUCGUCUGAAAACAGAGAAUGUCAGCUGCACCCCAAUUCCAUGUCUACUUUUGCCUUUGAAUGCCACGCAGCUACUUAGCCUAUAGGGCUUGUUUGUUUUGCAUCUGUUUUUACGGAGGUCAGACGUCAAGCAUACUCCUCUUCGACUGUCUCAUUUUAUUAUAACAAUCAUCGGCCUGUAGAUAUACCGAAAUUUGUCUACAUUUGUACUUAGACUAACUGGAUUGCCAGCGCUUCUGCUGGUACACAAAACGUCGAAUAUUUCCACUUUUUUACAAUGAUAUGUAGAUCGCUCAUUCCUUAGACACUGUCUUAUCCACUGCCCUUUGCGAAGUCCAUGGACAAUUUGCCAAAUCACCCAGCGUCAAUAGCCCGUCGGGUAAUUUAGUACGUGCGGGAUUCUUGUACGCCACUCCUCUAAGUCGCUCCCGUAGACCGCAAAACUGAGAAUGACACGCAUGUAUACUUCGUCUCGUUGUUUUUCUCCUCUUUUAAGUCAUUUCACUCAUUUUUUCAGUACCUUCCCUCGGACGACCUCGAAUCAGCUGACGGUAUUUCGUACGAGGCCAUGUCUCGUCGUCUCAGUCCUGCUGAACUGGAUAAAAUUUGCCAAAUGAGCCAAGACAAACAGCUCUUUAACAAUUUGUGUAGUUCUCUAUUCCCCACGAUCCAUGGUAGUGAAGAAGUGAAGAAGGGGAUCCUACUAAUGCUUUUUGGAGGCGUUCCCAAGGUAUCCCACCUCAGAUAUGUUCAUACCAUCUGCUUUAUCUUCACUUUUAUGGUUUUCUUCCUAGUAUUAGGCACAGUCGUUCUUUUGUGCAGUUUUGUAUCCUCCGUACGAAUUUAAAUGUAGUUGCCGACUUUCAUCUCCCUCGUUACCUAAAAGCCAAGAUGUAAACCAGCUCCGCAAAAAGAAUCUGCACUUGUCUAACAGAUUUUAAAUCAAGAUUCGACUAACUCAAACAUCUAGCAUCCCUUAGUCGAUGGUUUAAAUUAAGCAUCUUUCCUGUGAUUUAAUGGAGUGGGAAAAGCGCGUUCCACUUCGCAAAUAGGACAAGUUAUAUUAUUUGUUCGAGCAAAACUGUGAUUUGAGAAGGAGAGGCAGAAUGGUAUUACCGACAAAGACAAGGGAGACUGGAAUGGCCAUUUCUGGCUUAUUAGCCGUCGUCAGCCAGCCAUACCCAAGCCCGAAGUGUAGAACACCCGAGCCUCGAACUCGCGACCUGUUGGUUUAGAAGUCCACGCCUCUACCCACCGGGCCACGAGCCCGUUGCCCUGUCGGUUUUCGGGAAAGGCGUUCAUCGGAAGAACGACGUGAUUGUGUACGUUUUCAAGCAUCAAAUGUUCUAGCCUCUAUCACAACAGGUAAAUGCUUCUGUAAAAUUUUAAUAACAAGGGUGAACACGCGUAUUUGUACUUUCCAGUAGUCUACAGUUUUCCUGACUUAAAAGACACAUUUAAUGGAUGGAUGUUAUAUGUUUGGAAGGCGACAGCGUUCAGUCGCUCGAGUGAAAUAAUGGUAAAAUCAGAAGAUAUGUGAGUCGUCUGAAAAUGUAUAACGCGUUGCCUUUAUCUUCUCUGACUAGUAUAUCUCAGAUAUAUCACGCAAAUAGAAGCAUUUGAGCGGUUUAUUUAUACAGCAAAGGGGAGUGCGAGAAAUAUUAAAGCCAAAGGCGUUCGUAAAUUUGUGUUCUCAUAGUACUGACCUCAUUAUUUCUAACCCACGCAGUGUGCCAGUCUGUGAUAUGUAUAUUCUAAUGUUGUAAAGUAACUCUGCGCGUUUCCUCUGAACACGUAGCCCCCCUUUGUGAAUACGUUUUUUAAUUUACCCUCGGGCCCUACAGACAGAAAAUGUAUUCGUUUGAAUGCAGUUCUCAUUGGGUUUUUUUCUGACUCAAUAUGGGGAUGUUAUAAGUCUGCCACAGUUGCCUCCUAGAACUUUUUUCUCCAUUUUUUAAAUCCACCUACAUCAUUGGUGACUUUUCUGCGCACUUUCGUUUGAUAAGUGUUGCUUGAGGGAAAGAUAACGUUUAAACUUCUAUGUUUUUGCACAAAAUCACGCUUGCAAAGCGUAGUUUGUGCCUCUUUUCCACGGCUGAGGGGUUCCAACGUUAACUGUUUUAAUUUAUCCGUCGUCUGCCUUUUGUGCAUUUUCAUAUCUCCAUUUUUACUUAUGUCCUGUUUUAAACCUGGGUAGGUCCGAUUAAACGCCCACAUCUUCUUAGAAUGAGAUUGCCUCGUUGACUAACGAAAGCAACAUGCUACUAGCCCUUACCAGCUGCAAACUUCUCCUCGUGUUAUAGGUGACGGAGGAAGGUACUCACCUUCGAGGCGACAUCAACGUGUGUUUGGUUGGUGAUCCCUCGACGGCCAAAUCGCAAUUUCUAAAGCAAGUUGAACAGUUUUCACCCCGUGCUGUCUACACCAGCGGUAAAGCCAGCUCUGCUGCUGGUCUAACGGCAGCCGUUGUCCGCGACGAGGAGUCUUUUGAGUUCGUCAUCGAGGCUGGAGCAUUGAUGCUGGCGGAUAACGUAGGUCCAUGUUCAUUAACUGGAUAGAAACAGCUAUCGUGUUGGUUGUAUUAGCCCGUCUGUUCAUAAAAUCAGCGCGAACACCGUAAUUUCUUUGCUAACUUUAUGGCAAACUUGCGUGUUGGCAUUUCAAUGAUUGCAGUUUGAAUUCUAAAAUACCUAACUGCCCUAAUUGACAUUGUAAAUUAGGUUUCUGGAAUGGCGAGAAAACAGUCGCGUUAUGACAAGCGUAGACGAGGCCUUUGUCAAGUCAGAUACUGCAUCUAUUUUCAUUACCAGUCAUCUUGAUGUAGUCUUGUCAUUGGACCACAGUAAAACUGCAUAGAGAUAGGGAUUCAUAUAUGCAGCCAAAGUCAUCACCACCAAUACAUCUCCGACAGGAACCCAUUCCUUCCACGCGGACUGCAAGAUGUGAUCACUUGGGCGACCCAUUCCAGUUCGGGCCGUUUGCCAUGGACCAUGGUAGAAUUCUGAAAUCUACAACGUCUAAGCAACCCUAUUUAGGGAUGUAGUAUUUACCGUCAGGUCUGGAAAAGGUGCUAAUUUUACGUCAUCUGCGCAGUUAUCUGUGGCCGUUGGACUUAACGCUACGAACAACGGCUGCUCUUCCCUCUUCUCCGUCCCGCCUUUGUGGUUUACUCUGAGAAAUUAGAACUCGCAUGCACUUUUGGGUAGUCAAAUUAUCAAAUACCCAAAAGUGACAAGAACUCUUUCUUAAGAACUGACCGACGAAGGUAAACCGCGAGUUUUGUCUAUUCGCACAGGGUCACUUGGGCGAAUUAGGAGCGGGGGACGCCUUCUGGAGCAACCUCUCUAGGGGAGUCGCUUUCCCAUCCUGCAGAGCUUUGAAAGUCGCCUUAUCAAAGUGGGGCUUUCAGUCUGCGAAAAUAUAUUCGCUGCCAUCAUGAGGGUUUCUGCUUUGACACUGCCAAAACCAGACGUCGUGAAGGACAAGUCUUACGGAGGUCUGCACGUUUUCAUGUUUGUACCGAUAGCGCAUAAACACAGAUCACGCUACCUGAGGGGGGUACUUGGCAGUUAUGGAGUGGGGGGCUACAACAACUGUCUUGCACGCCUGAUGACCUGUUCGGAGCACAAUAAUUUCGCCAGCAACGCUGCAUCUUCUCCUGAUCGUAAUGAGACUUCGUAGACGCAUCCACACCUAUGUCACUAGCAACUGCCGACCUACGUGUCUGUCAGGGGACGAGACCACUAUGAUGUGCUUGUGAGAAAGGCAGUGUGUGAUGUCAUGCCCUCUAAAACGGACCAUGCGAGAGUUGCCCUAAACUGACAGGGGAGCUAGGUCAUUCGUAGCAUGGCAGGGAGUAUGAGCACACAUGCUGGGCUCAUAUUCGGCCAGGGGAGCCUUGUGAAAGCAAAAUGUCGGAUUAACUAGUUUUAUGGCCACUACCUCUGCCGUCGGAAGUAUUGGCUGUCUUAGUUUUCGCUACUCGACUCACGUAUACAGGUUUGAUGGUUAAUAAUUGAAAGCGUACUUUUUCCAAACUGGACUUCUUACAUGAUUGGUUGAUUGGUUAAUGGGCAUUUCAUUAUGAUAGUGCGCUAUUCCGUCACCUGACCCUUUAAGUACUUUAACCUAUUGCCUUACUGUUCCGUUUUCAAUUCAUUUCAAGGGUGUUUGCUGCAUCGACGAGUUCGACAAAAUGGAAAUACGCGAUCAGGUUGCCAUUCAUGAGGCUAUGGAACAGCAAACAAUCAGCAUAACGAAAGCUGGUGUUAAAGCCACACUCAACGCGAGGACUUCGAUCCUCGCGGCUGCCAAUCCAGUCGGUGGAAGAUACGACCGCUCCCGCUCACUCCGCCAAAAUAUCGGCAUGUCGGCGCCCGUCAUGUCUCGAUUCGACCUCUUCUUUGUCCUUGUUGAUGAAUGCAAUGACGUAACUCACUUUUUAUCACACUAAUGUCCUUGCAGAUUGUAGACUACGCGAUUGCCCGUUCGAUUAUUGAUUUGCAUAUGGGCUGUGACCCUCCUUCAGCUGCUAGGUCUUAUACUGCUGAUGAGAUCCGUCGCUAUAUCGCAUUUGCCCGCUGCUUUAAACCCAAGGUAAACUCCUUUGACCUACCGUAAUUUUUAAAAUAUUUAAACUGUUCCAAAACAGGCUUUAUUUCGUUUUAGAUUAGCAUUGAAGCUAUGCAGUGUAUGGUCGAGGAGUACAAGAAACUUCGCCAGCGCGACGCAUCGUCUGGUUCAAAAUCAGCCUGGCGCAUAACUGUCCGUCAGUUAGAGAGCCUAGUGCGUUUAUCUGAGGCCACAGCCCGUUUACACUGCGCGGACGCUGUAAGUCUUACCUUUUAACAUCUAGGGACCACUUUGAACCUGGUAACUGUAUCGUAAGCUUUUACGUUGUUCGUACUAGGCUGUCCACCUGCUAGACUGCGCUGCAGGCAUGUUGAACCAGAACAAGAGUCGAACUGGUCCAUUGCACGUGCCAGUGGGGCUGCGUCGGGUCCGCGCAGCUGCUGCGCAUGCGUAUGAUAUGUCAUAGGCACAAACCUCAGACACUGCGCAGAUGGUGGAAAUGCAUGGGAAUAGGAAGAGAGAGCGAGGUUGACUCAGGGCAGUCGAUGCCCACGGCACACUAGCUCAUUCCUCGUCUUAAUAAAUCAAACGCGCUUCUAUCUAUCAUUGUUUGCUAAAAGUCGUGGAUUGGAAUGGUGCUAACUGACGAGAUAAAUCGGUUCUCUUUUCAGGGCGGCGAGCCAGGCUGCAUUGGUUCCUUCAUAAUGUGGCCUCCGUAGCAAGUGAAAAUCAUUUGCGUUUUUUACUUGAUCAAAUAUAUGAAAUUGCGGGGAGCCUGUCAAAAAAUAUGCGGUACUCCUUCCCAGGUGUGAUUUAAACAAGUUGCUGAAAAGCUGCACUCCCAAGCCCUACCUCCCUAUUUUGUAGGAAUUAGCUUAAAGUUAAAUUCCGUGGCAAUUGGUGUUGCAAACUCACCAAAGUCAUCUAGCCGAUGACAUAUUUAUGGACUACAAUCAGUAUUCUGAGUUUUCGGUGCAUCUUACGUUUUGGCUACUGCGCUUCCUCCAUAUCAUGCACGCUUCACCGCCGAGGCCGCGCCAACAGUCAGCGUUCAUGGUAGUCCUGAAAUAGAUCACAAAGCUAGGACUGUGAAAUAAUGCUUGCUUAUGUGUUUGCUAGAGGAAUUCUCGGGCUUAAUCAGAAAACCGUCUCCGCUUUUGAUACCAUAUAACCGCGGCAGAACAAAGCCUAUAUUAACAAUGUGGUUUGUCGACUUACACAUAAGACCAGCUAACUAGCCUCCAAUGCCACCGCUCAUUUCGUUGCUCCUAACAUGCAGUUCAGCUCCAAGCAGCAUUAAUAUUUUAUGUUGUGACCUAAUUUGAACAAGCCCUUCGAGAGAUUUUCAUCCCCCAUUUCACGUUCUUCUCUCAGGUCACCGUGGCUCACGUUCGAGAAGCAUUUGCUUUACUGAACAAGUCCAUAAUUCGAGUCGAACAGCCCGACAUAAACUUGGAAGAACAUGAAGAGGCUCCUGUUGUGACUGAAACGCCAAUGGAGACGGAUCAGGUCAGUCUGUCUUCGCUAUAUUUUUUGGAGUUUGUUACAUUGUCCUCUAAACUUUGUUGCGAUAUCCAAUGAAGACUGUCGGAAAUCUGGACAUUGAGGAAUUCACAUCCUGGACAUAGGAGCGAACAGCAGCCAGCAAGAUGUUUUGCAUACUGUAUACUACCAGCUUGACACAAGGAAGCAAAAGCGGUUCGGUUCCUGAGUUUAACUUCUACUCUCUGUUCUUCGCCUGUCAAUGAUAAGUUCGCUCACACUGGCCAUUUCGACCCUAGUCGAUAAAUGAUGGUGACAUUCGACAAGCUGUUGAGGGGAUUCGAUCGCAGGGACGUAAAUUUGAUUGCCCCCACGUUUGGCAUUAGCUCUCGAACGCACCAUCUGUUGCUGUCCGAUCCUUCGUGCGGGAAUCUGAGACGCCAGAUGCAUUAACUUCUCGUCUCCGCAGCCGAGUCUCCCUCCUCGCCAGUAACUACAUCGCGUAUUCAUCACGUUCGCCCUAAUUUUUCCUAAUCCGUCUGGUUUUCAAUUAUAUACGUUUCAGGCUGAUGUUGUGGAGGCAACACCCACUGAGCCCGCAGCCGAUCAACCUCAACAUCUGCGUAUCACCUACCAAGAGUACCGACGCAUCGCGGACCUCCUUAUAUUGCGCACGCGUCAUGUUGAAGAGGCCGGUGCUGCAGUACAGUCCGACUCAAUCGCUGAAUCCGCUGCAAUUCGUAAAAGUGAACUAAUAAAUUGGUACUUAGAAGAGGUAGCGGUCGAUACCCUGCAAUCCGAGGCUGAUCUCAUUCAGUGCAAAUUGAUGGUUGAACGAAUUCUGGAUCGCCUUAUAAAGAAGGUCAGUUUUCUUCAUUGUUCUCGAGGUGUCAAACCUUUUUGUCCGUUUUCCUAACCUAACAGCGGGCUCUGUAAGUCGGAGUUUCACUUUACUGAUUUCCCUCCCGGGUUUAGGGUUGGAGCACGCCAGAAAAGCCCACUAUAGUCCCUGCUGUUUUUGUCGGGAAUAUUUCUCGGUUACGGGGAUGUUUGCAGUGUCCCAAACACCAUGAGCUGGGGGAUAAACCACAUUGGAUGUGCUUAUUUUAAAAAAAUGCACCACAACUUGCAGCCCUCCAUUUGUCGUCCAUGCAUCGUUUUUAAUUCACACAGCUAGGUCCACUGCUCCAUUGCAGCUCUCGGUAUUUUGCACUUGCCUCCUUGGCAAAUAUGCCUCAAGCUUCUGCCACCAUACUUCUUUUAUUACCACCACUGCUGUUUCCUCCCUUGCAGGAUCAUGUCUUAAUCUCGCUUUCGCGUAGCGGCCUGGACGCUACAUCUGAAGAAGACGCCGACCCGCUUUUGGUUGUGCAUCCCAACUACUCUACCGAUUAA